AUGGCAUCUUCAGAAGCAACUCGAGAGCUGAUGACCAAAGCUUUGAGUUCGGACUUUGCUCAUAAGCCUGUUGAGGAGUCUCUCUCAGAACUUGACGGCAGGUGUCGAGAUGGAGCACCAGGCUGUGCCGAUGGCCUCGUUGUGGGCCCUUUUGGAGUCUUCAGCCUCGAUACCACGCCACCACAGCCUCCGAGAAGCUUAACUCGGAGUGAAUCAGUUCAGACGAUGUCCGGACCGCAAGCCACUGACGUUCAGUAUCACGAAAAUGACUUAUCAUCUAUUGAGUCUGUCGGCAGAUUAAGCGAUAUACACGACUUCUUGGACUGGCCUGAUCUUUUUGACCUGGACGUCACAAAUGCCGAGAUAUUCCCACAGUCAUUCGACAGUGGUCUUCAGGAUUUGUUUGCCACUCCUGAUCCUGCCGCGCCGCGGAUCGACCAUGCCGAUACUUUCGCGUUUGAAAGAGAUGUCGACUGCGACGGCGCCGUGUCUCCCUCGAUGAGGUCAGUAUGUGGCGAGAUAGGCGUGAAGCCUGACGACAUUGACCCUGCAGAAGCACAACUACUUCUCACUCACUUCAAAGAUCGGGUCAUUCCUCAAUUGCGGAUCAUGCCUGUCGAGAAGAAGUCGCCGUGGGAAGUCAACAACCUGAACGCUGCGGUUCUGACCCUGGCAAGACUGACUUACAUGGUUUCGCAGCCGGUAUCUCACUCUGCUCUGGCUAAUUUACAGGCACUACUGGCUCUCUCCGCCAAGCAUAUGGUAGCUCAUACAGAUGAAUCUUCUGGGGGAUACUGGCAAAGUUUUGCAGCCAACAUCAUCAAUAAGGCAAAGGAGAACCUGCAGUGUGCCUUGGGGAACGAGAUCAAGGGCACCAAUGCCGCCAAAUACAAAGACCUACUCAUGGCAAUUCUAGCCAUGGUGACAUAUGCCACUCUGUACGAUAAUCAAGCAGACGCUCGGGCAUAUAUGAUCGACGCUGAAUGGCUGCUUCGGCUUCGCGGACUCGCGAAACGGACCAUUUCGCGGAAGGCAAGGGAAUUGCACCAUGUCUAUACAUGGACAAGGAUUGUGGAAGAAAGUACUUUCGUGUUGCGGAACUACGAAUCAUCCAGGGCAAAAGUGGCUAUUGGGACCGCAAUGUCUGGAGAAGUACCGGCGAUACAGCCUCACACAGGGCCCAAUCCUCGAUUGGAUGACUUCCUCCGACUCGACACAUCUAUCCCGGACAGCGAGAUUGAAGCCGGUGCAGAAAAGGACAAUGAGACCGGACAGCAUGAUAUCCACCUUGAAGACAGCCGAGAAUUUCCGCCGAGCAUGUACACCGAGCUCUAUGGGAUAUCUGAGAAGUGGCUCAGUCUUGUGUCACAAACGACGAGACUAGCGAAUUUCGUUGACAGUAUGGAAUUCUACAAGGACCGACCCGAUAUUGUGUUCACGGAAGCGAUCGAAAGACGAAAGCAACGACUAGAAAACAUGGUCUGUGCGUUUGCCACGAGGGACCUCCCGGAUGCCGACGACCAGGCGCUCUCUACCACGCGGAGACCAAGCGUGGAACUAGCCCGCGAGUCGAUGGUGCAGGCGCUGAAUUCUGCUCUCGUGAUCUUCUUCUACCGAAGAAUCAGGAGGGUCAACCCAUUGAUUCUGCAAGAACAUGUCAAGACCGUCAUCCAGGCUUUGAAAACCUACGAAGCUACGUGCAGAGAGACUGGCGUCCGGGCAACCGGGUCCCCCUGGCCUGCUUUUAUGGCCGGGUGUGAAGCACUGUACCCUUCGCAGAGGGAGUACCUGAAGGGUUGGUUCGAGAGAGCUUUUGCCGUCACAGGGUUUACAAGGCUCACCGUGGCGAAGGCCUGUAUGGAGAAGGUAUGGAGGCGUCGCGACCAGCCUGUCGGCGCAUUUUGCACGGGAAGCCGCGAUCAAACCCGAACGUGGGAGCGAAUUUCCAAGGAACAGAACUUGCACUUGUUACUGUCAUGA